AUGAGCUUCGCUAUCGAGGUUCCCGGCGAUGCGAACCCGCUGACCCUGCAGUCGCUCUACCAGACACUGCAGUCCGCCACUUCGACCGACUACGCGCAGCGCCAGACGGCGGGCCAACAGCUUACAUCAUGGGAGCUUCAACCAGGCUACUACUCCUCGUUGCAGGCCGUCUACCUCGACAAGUCUCUCGCCGCCGAAGUUCGCUUCCUCGCAGUAAUCCAGCUUAAAAAUGGCAUCGAUCGAUAUUGGCGGCUAUAUAACCAAGUCAAGAACAGCAUCAAGCCAGACGAGAAGAACCUGAUACGCUCGCGGUUGUUUCAGGGCACCAUCGACGAGGAGCACUCAAACCUCGCCCUCCACAAUGCCCUAGUAAUCGCCAAAGUGGUUAGGAUCGACUAUCCGACCGAAUGGCCAGAUGCUAUGGGAAGUAUCACUGAGCUGCUCCGCUCGUCUCGGAAUGGCAACCAGAAGCACCUCCACGGCACACUACAGAUCCUCCUUCGUGUGGUCAAAGAGCUGGGAACUGCUAGGAUGCGAAAGAGUCAGACUGCUCUCCAGUCUGUCACGCCUGAAAUCACCCAUGUCCUCACAGAAAUUUAUGCCGAAAAGUCCACAGCGUGGGUGGGCUUUCUCAACGGUGGAGCAGGAACGAGUGAUGAAGCAGACCUUGCCAUGCUCAACAGCUUGUUUGCGCUCAAGGUACUUCGUCGGCUCGUGAUUAUGGGAUAUGAGCGACCCCACGGCGACAAGACGGUUUCGGACUUUUGGACUUUGUCACAAAAUCAGUUCGGCCAGCUGCUCAAUUUCGUUAGCCACGACUCGACGGUCCCGGCCGGCUACCAAGAUGUUGUUGGCAAGCACCUCCUCCAGUUCACCAAGCUACACAUCGACAUGGCGGAACAGCAUGCCGCUAGCUUUGCGUUCCUUCCGGACUCGCUCUCCCUGGUACAUGCGUACUGGGAUCUCGUUGCCAAAUUUGCUGAGGUCUUUGACCAGUCAGGGGGCAUUCGGCAAGGACCAGCAGAGGCGGGCACGGCCAAGUCCAAGGUUGAGGGUCCUGUCUUGGAGAGGCUGGCUCUCAAGGGUCUUCUCCUGCUCCGAGCAUGCGUUAGAAUCGCGUUCCAGCAUGUUCAGACCUUCAAGUGGAGAAGCCAGGAAACCAAGGCCGAGCAGGAGCAGGCCAGUCUGCUUGUCAAGACGGAACUGCUCAAGCCCGAUCUUGUGGUUCAGAUUGUCAACUCCAUUAUUACACACCUGCUCAUCUUCCGCAAGUCUGAUCUGGAAGGCUGGGAAGAAGACCCUGAGGAAUGGGAACAACAGGAACAGAGUGAAGGAAAUGCCUAUGAAUGGGAGGUACGGCCGUGUGCCGAGAAGCUGUUCCUCGAUCUCCUUACACACUACAAGGAGCUGCUAGUGCCCCCUCUGUUGUCAUACUUCCAGAGUGCUCAGAAUCCCCAGGCAGACAUUGCUACAAAGGAGGCUGUGUACACAGCAAUGGGCCUGGCAGCUGCUCACGUGCACCACGUCUUUGACUUUGAUGCUGUACUAGCCUCAACUAUCGUCAAUGACGCUCAACAGCAGGGGCCGUUGUGCAAGGUGUUGCGACGGCGGAUCGCAAUUCUUGUGAGCCAGUGGGCUCCUGUCAAGCUGGAUGAUGCCAGUCGGCCUAUAGUUUACCAGAUCUACCGCCAUUUCCUCAACCCCGACGAUGAGAUCAACGACCUCGUCGUCAGAAUCACGGCGGCCCGGCAACUACGCUGGAUCGCUGAUGAACUUGACUUUUGCGUCGAGGCAUUCUUGCCCUAUACGUCUGAUGUCCUGUCGCAGCUCAUCAACCUGGUACAGAGUGUUGAUGUGGAUGAGACCAAGUUGGCAAUCCUCGAGUCGAUUCGAAUAUUGGUGACGCGAAUGGAAGAGCAGGUGUCACAAUUUGGAGACCAGCUCAUGUCUGCCCUCCCUACGGUGUGGGAGAACUCUGGGGCUGAAGAAUACAUGAUUAAGCAGGCCGUGACGUCCAUUUUCGCAGCUCUUGUCAUGAGUAUGGGACCAAGCUCUCAGCGAUAUCAACAUUUCAUGGUUCCUCUGUUGUCUGAAGCAGCUCGCCGGGGAUCAGAUUUGCAUCUUCACUUGAUUGACGAGUCGCUUGAGCUGUGGAACAACAUCCUCAUGCAGAGCAACGCUCCUCUGGCUCCCGAGGUGGUUAACCUAGCCGAGCUGGCCCUCCCGCUUCUUGACUAUGACAGCGAGACGGCCUCUUUGGCCCUCAGUGUGGUUGAGUCGUAUAUCCUCCUGUCUCCUGCAUCCAUGUUGGAGGACCGACUACGCCGUCCGACAUUGAGCGCGCUCUCGGGUGUUUUGGAUUCGAGAAGCCGAGAACAGGUCCGGCUUGGCACAAUCUGCGUCGAGAACCUCAUCAGAGCUGCGGUGGAACUUGGUGGCUCGACUGGAGUGUCGUAUAUCUUGCAGGACAUGGUCGAGAUUGGAUUCAUGAAGAAGCUCCUCGAGAACCUACACAAUGCAUGGGAAGCACACCAAACCACGGGACCGAAUCGAAAGGUCAGCAAGCUCAGCACAGUUACCGAGAACGACUACUUUGCCAUCCUGGGGCGACUCGCGCUGGCCGAGCCCACGCUCUUCACCCAGAUGCUGACCAACAUGGGUUCUCUGGACCAAGUCUGGGGCUGGCUCACCUCGGAGUGGUUCUCACACCUCUCGAGCAUGGACAAUAUUGAGCGACAGAAGCUGUACCUGCUAGGGCUCACACGACUUCUAGAGCUGCCAUCGCCGAUGCAGGAACUUGUCCUGGGCAAGCUUCAGGACUACUUCGACAUGUGGAUCAAUGUGAUUUCAGAGCUACAGGACGGCGUGGCCAACGGUACCGAUACGCUCAUCUGGGGAGCACUGGAGCCGAGCGAAUAUGAUACCCCCAAGAUUAUCGCGGAACGGAAUACAACUGCCAAGGACCCAGUGCAUACCGUUCACGCAUUCGAGUUUGUAAAGAUGCGACUGCAGGACCUGGUGAACCGGGUGGGCGGAGAGGCAGCGUUCCAAGAACAGUGGGCAGUCAAUGUGGACAAGGACGUGAUGGACAAGUUUCAGGCAAUGGCGAGGGCGGUACAGCAAUGA